AUGGGCUGCAAUGUUUCUAGCAGGGUCGCUGUCGCACAGCUGUCUUCUGAGGAGCUACAGAACCACCAGGAAGCCAAAAGCCAGACUAAAAUUGACAGCAUUGCUGGAAGAGAGGUUGUUCCCUCGCAGGAUGGGGCAGCUUGGCGAACAGGCACUUCAAAGGAUGGAGACAAACUCGAAGAUGAGAUCAGUGAGGGAGAUUCCCCUGAGGAACUACCAGAAAGAUUUACACCAUCUCAGAAAAGCAGCAAUGCACAAAGCACAGAUGUGCUACUCACCAGCGAGUUCAUCAGUAAAUCAUGGCCCUUAGAGGAAAGAGAGAGGCAAAAAUCAUCAGACAUUCUUGAGGAGCUGAGGAUGCAGGGAAUAAUCAAGAGCCAAAGUACAACUGCCAGGACUGGAGAAGUGUACGACAACAAGAGAGAUUCCCUGGAAAAGACACUGAAGAAACCACCAACUAGGCUGGAAAAUAUUCAGUUUGGAAACAAGGAAGUGGUUGAUUUUACAGUGAAGGACAUAAAGACUUCUGCUGAAAUGAAAAAAAAAACAAACAGGUCAUUUAAUUCUGCUAUGACCAGCAGGGAUUUGGGGCAGCAGAACCCAGUGGGACGCUAA